AUGGAACCAGACGCAAUUCGUCCAGAUCGGGAUGUUAUCGGAAAACAGAAAAAUCCUCGUCGUAGGAAGUUAAGAAAAGAAGAAAGUUUACUUCCGUCUCCAGACUCAGUUACCCACUGUUCUCUACAGGAAGAGGGUCUUAUUACAUUUUUAUUGGACACCGAAUUACAAGUGAGUAGUCCAAUAAAGCAAUCAAAAAUACAGGGAAUAACUGCUAUAACACGAAUAAAGUUGGAUCUAGAAAUGCAGCUGAAUGCGAUAUUCAAGAACAAAAGUGUCCUGGACAGCGAUAGAUUUAAUAUGAGUUAUGAAGUCGGUAGAACAGCUACUGUUGAACAGCUGAAUCAGGCAACCAGAAGAUAUAUUGCUGCAGCAAUUGACUGGAUUGAUGCCUUAUUUUCUUUCGCCAAUUUGAUGACAGUCCAUGAAAAAGUCUGCGUCUUGAAAAGCGUCUUUGCUGCGUUUUGUACCUUCAGUGAAGCAGCUCGUACUGCUCAGAAUACUACAGACCGGGACAUUCUUUGCCUAUGCAACGGAACAGUUAUUCCUCGCCAGACACCUCGACACCUUGUCGAAACAAAUUUUUUAUCAAACAACAUGUUAACGCGUUUACUAGAUGAAUUAGCCGCACCAAUUCGGAAACUUUGCCUUCGUGAAGCUGAAAUAGUCGCACUCACAGCACUAAUAAUGCUUGACGCAGACGCCACUGGGCUCAGCUGUACCACCUCACAAUGUUUAGCGACAUUAAGAAAUAAAGUACAACAUGCCUUAUUCCAAAUGAUUCGUGACCAGUUGCCAAGUGAUCAACCAAUAUCAUCAGCAACCUCACGUUUCGGGAAUAUUCUAAUGAUACUACCACCGCUUGCUAAAGUGUCUUCACUGAUGGGAGAAAAUAUUCAAUUUGCAAAAAUGUUUGGAAGUCAAGCGAUUGACCCAUUGCUGAUUGAAAUCUUCAUUGAUUCACCGAUUGAAACAAUCCCAUCAACGAAUCCAAAAACUCGAGUAGAUGUAUCAACACAGACGUUUUUGCCGAUACCAAAUUCGCCACUAACGCCACCACCAACUGUUUUACCGUGUACCAGCGUACCAACGACACCGCAACUUCCAGACGCAACAAAAGUAUCCUCAAUAUCAUCGGUUCUUGGAAAUUCGGCUACAAACAAUUCGUACAGUUUCUACUUUCCAUACUCAGCACGUCUUCCUAGCAGUAUUAAUUAUAGUAACCAGUCGGCUGGUCCGUAUCCAUCUCAGACAGAUUUUUUUGACGGUAAUUCGCAGACAACAACAAGUGCUGAAAUAAUGAACAAUUUCAGAUUCUUAUAG